CCUUGGCAAACCAACAUUGUGCAACGUUGACAGUUGACAUGUCAUGACACAUUUACGUGACAGAUAGUGACAACACGUCGAAAAUGGCUGACUCUGGCCCGAGUAAAACCGAUAUUGAAGCAAUUUUCCAAAGAUUACGUUCGAUUCCUUCGAAUAAAGUAUGUUUCGACUGCAACGCAAAGAACCCUACGUGGUCGUCGGUGACGUACGGGGUGUUCAUCUGCCUCGACUGCUCGGCGGUGCACCGCAGCCUCGGCGUGCACCUCACGUUCGUGCGCUCUACACAGCUCGACACUAACUGGACAUGGAAACAGCUCCGAAACAUGCAGCUUGGCGGGAAUGUGAAUGCUACCCAGUUUUUCCGCACACAUGGGCUCUCCACAGAAGAUGCUCGACAGAAGUACAGUUCCCGUGUGGCACAGAUGUACCGUGACAAGCUGAGUGCCAUGUCUGAACAAGCUAUGAAGACAUAUGGGACCAAGCUGCACCUGGAGCCUGCGCCGGCUGAGCCUAAGGAGUGUAAGGAGCCCGAGGUAGACUGGUUUGCAGAGCACGGCGAGAGUGCCGCCCCCACUAACACUAGCGAGCUUGUCCCCACUGCACAGCUGUACGGAGGCGCGGGCGCGGGCGAGCUGAGUAACCAAGCGCGACUGUGGGCCCCGGCGGGGUCGGCGGCGGGGGCCGCGGGGGCCGCGCAGCCCGCGCGCAAGGGACUCGCCAAGCGGAGUGGGUUGGGUGCGCGUAAAGGCGGACUGGGUGCUACCAAGGUAGCCGCGAACUUCGAGGACAUCGAGCGCGAGGCCAUCAUGGCGGAGAAGCUGAAGGCGGAGGCGGCCGCCAGCGGCGCCAGCGGGGGCGCGGGCGCGGGCGGGGGCGCCACGCUGGAGAGCGUGGAGCAGGAGGUGGCGUCGCUGCGCCUGGCCUACCGCGCCCCCGCCGCGCGCCCCCACGCCGACCGCCUCGGCAUCGCCAGCGCCACCGCCGCCACGCGCGGCGGAGUGUCUCACUCGGCCACGUCGGACAUGACGGUCAUAGAGCAGGAGGACGCGCCCAGUGCGCGUGCGCAGCUCGAUGACAUCGACGACUUCACAUCCUCCUUCACCAUGAUCAGAAACGAGCCAUACGGCAACAGUCGCAACUUGGACAAACUAUUCGGUGACAGCGACCGCAAGUGUUCCUCGUAUGACAACCUCGGCGGGGGCGGAGUCACGCGCAUCUCUCCCGAGCCGUCCCGGCCCGUGCACACCAUGUUCGGGGGCGCCGCCCCCAGCACCGCGGGCCCCGACGGGGGCGCCGCCCCUGCCGCCUCCCGCAGCCGGCCGCGCCGCGCGGAGCCCGAGGACGACUCCGCUGUCAAGAAGUUCGGCUCCGCCAAGGCCAUCAGCUCCGCACAGUUCUUUGGAGAGCAGGACUCCCGCUGGGAGCGCGACUCCAACCUGUCGCGGUUCCAGGGCAGCAACAGCAUCUCGUCCGCCGAGUACUUCGGGGGCGAGGGCGCGGGCGCGGGGGCGCGGGGCGCGCGCGCCUUCAGCGUGGGCGCGCCCGACCUGGACGACGUGCGCGAGUCGGUCCGCGCGGGCGUGACGCGCGUGGCGGGCCGCCUGUCGUCGCUGGCCAACGGCGUCGUGUCCUCCAUACAGGAGCGCUACGGAUACUGACUCCGCUGUUUCUACUGCACCGCCACUUGCCGACCGCAUCAUUAUGGAAAUAUCAUUACGAUGUCAAAUAUGUUUUCAUUUCAAGACAAUAAGUAGAAACAUUCUAUAUGAUAUAACAUUCUCCUCUCCCCGACGCCAUUAGCGCCAGUUUUAUAUAAUAUACGAAGUAAGGCAAUGUAUUGUAUGCCGACAGUAAACGGAACCUUGUGUCUGGGGCAAUUGUAGCAACUUUCUAAUGUAGGUAAUAAAUUAAUUUGUAUAAUUAUGCGCGUUUACUGUAAAUCAAACGCUAAAUGCGCAUUAGUAAAUAAGUGUGUGACAGUGAGAGUGGAGUGCACACGAGGGGGGGGGGGGGUCCAGUGUAAAUAUUGUAUGAUAUAGUAUGUAUGUAUGUAUGUAGCAGCGCCCCGAGCCGUGUCCGCCAGUUCCCAGUGUACAACAAGUCCGCGAGUAUUGCACGCGACAUACGGACCAGUACCGGUGUAUACUAGCGACAUCACGCGACGCCGCGCGUCUAGCUCUCGGUACUCCAUGUGUACCUUCUGAAACAAUCGUAUUUAUUACAUAACUAUUGCAAAUUGGGAACUAUCUUCGAGGAAACUGUACGUCUAUAACAUCUGCAUUGACAAACUUGUAUAUUUUCAUCCUGACUUUGUAUAUGUAUACUUAUUCCUACCUAUUCUCUUCAUUGCACUUUGAAACAUUGUUCAAGCUAUAGUGAUAGGUAUACAGGCUCCUGGGGGACACCCGCUAGGGAGGCUAUUUCUUUAGACAAUCACUGCCGUUGCUAAAGCUACUAACAAUGUUGAUGUAACACUGUGUGACAUUUCAUUUGCUGUAAAUGUAAAAGACUACUAUUUAAUAGGUUUUAUAAAUUGUAUCGGGUGUCGGGUGUCGGGUGUUAGGCCACGCAAACAAAACUACAUCAAAUGUGUAACGCAAAGAAAAUAAUGUAGAUACAUACAUAGCUAGACUGUAGACGCGUGUAUAAUGUUACUGUAACCAGUUGUCGAUUGUAAAUGUUGAAUCUUAAUCAUCAAUCAACAUUUUUUAUAUUUCAAUACAAAAGAAAACCGAGUUCCCUGCACUGUUUUGAUACAGACAUGUCCCGCGUCGCUACUCGCUAUACAGCGCCACCUACCGCUGCAUUCCAGCCUGAAGUAUAUCAGUCCCUGUGGCCGCCGGCCCGCACUGCGCUGUGACGGUGUGCCACAACGGAGCAUUUAUCAUUUAUUUAUUUUUAUGUAAAAUAAUUGACAGUAGAUAUUUUUAUUUUUAUAAUAAUUUGCUAAGUAGUUGUUGCGAGGAGGGAGCCGGUCCCCGCGACGGCUCGUAGUAUAUCCGAUGUGUCGGUCGACAUCAAUGUAUGGCCACAGCCGAGUGUAACCGAGGCCACUGCUCGUCCGCAUGUUCUCUGAACAUUUGUAUAGUAAUAACAUUUUCAAUUUAGAUAAUAAUUAUUGAUAUAAAUAUACAUUAUAUUUGCUAUUA